AUGUCAUGGGAUCAAGUUGAUUCUGCACUUAUUGUGCAGUCAUUUAAUAAUGAUUAUGUAUUUGAAAGUUUAGAAGAAUCAAAUAAUAGUGAGACCGUUCAUAAUUUAACUCAAGACACAGGCAGUAAUAAUGAAGAUGAUGAAAGCGUUUGUGACCUAACUCAAGAUAUCGAUUCGGACAUAAAUACAAAUGAAAUAAAUCAGGUUCAGUCAACACUAGAUGAAUUUAAUUGUGGUGACGAGGUGGUUAAUAUUCAAGAAAGUGAGAAAGAAGAAAAUAAUACGUAUUAUGAGGAUAAAUCAAUCAAUCGAGUAUUCAAAU